AUGGUGGCCAAGGCUGCUGCUGCUGCUGCUGCGCGGCCCAAGCCGCACAUGCUGGGAGGAAGCAACAACCUCGUGAGCGAGCGCAGUCGCCGCGAGAAGGCGGAGGCGGCGCUGCAGACGGCGAGGCAGAACCUGCGCACGCUGGCGCAGGACUUGAUGCCGCAGGUGCACAAGCUCACGCAGGCGGUGGAGGUGCGUUCGGAAGCUCUGUCUGUUGAGAAGCGCCACCGACUGCAGCUGGACGAGGCGUCGCAGGAGCUGCUGGAGGGGCUGCAGGACCAGAUCAACGACGUGGAGGCCAGGCAGCAGCAGUGCUGCGUCGUGGACUGUAGGAUUGAAAACGCGGUCAAGCAGGUCGACGAGCAGGCGACAGCAGAUCGAUAUGAGCUGCGGAUGCUGAUUAGCAAGUUGCAAGAAGUGCAGGAUGAGCAUGCAGUGGAGAUCCGACUGCUGCACCAAGAGAUCGUGGCGUCGAAAGAGUUCAUGACCCAGAGGCUGAACGCCAUCGAGGACGCCGUGGCAAGCGUUCGGAGUGAGAUCGCUCGCGGCACUGAGCAGCAACACAAUACGAUUCAGAGUCACGCCGACAAAAUCGACGAGAUGGACGACAAGCUGUUUGCGCUGGACAAGGAGCUGCUCAAACUGAAGUUGGCGCUGCCAGCGUCAAUGAAGGCGCAGCUCCCCACUUUGUUCACAGACCAGCGAUCUGGCUCUAGGUCAAUAGCGAGUGUGAAUAUGGUGGAGACGACACAGGGCGGAGACUUGGGCGUCGCCUUAAAGCUCCAAGAGCUCGCGACCGAUAUCGAGGCGAUGAAGGCAGACUCGUUGGCGUACCGGUCGGCGGACAGAAAGCAGUUUGACGCACUGACGAACCGAAUGCGAGAGGCAGCAAAGAGCCACCGCGCGCUCAAGAAGGAGGUGGAGGUCCGGCUGCAAGACGUGCGAGCUUGCUACGACCAGGUACGGGGGUGGUCAAUUUUAGUGCUGUCGAACACUGCUGAUACCCUUACCUGUACUUCCCCUGCGCUCUGA